AUGCUUCGGAUAUAUUUAUUAAACAUUAGUAACACUCAUUAUGUUUAUUUCAGAAAUGGGGAGAAAGGAAAACAAAAGUAUAAAAAGGAAUUGACAAAAAAAAUAAAUGUUAGAAAAAACAUUUUAUCAGACCCUCCUUCCCCUUAGAGAUGUAAAAUGAUAACAAAAAAGACCCUCAAAAAUAAAAAUUUGAAGUUUACUAAAUAAAACAGAUAAGUUAAGGAGGAGACUUUAUAAAUUGAACUAAAUAUAAUUAGUCAUAAAACUAUCCGAAUUACAAUGCAGUUAAAGCCAUAAAAUGCUAUUAAGUAUUUAUUAUUUUGUAGUAUAAAAAAUAAAUUAUCACUCUCACAAACAAUUCUAAGUAAAUAGAAUUGUUAGGAAAUUCUUAUAUAAAAUGUUCAUAUGAUUGAAUUAAUAAUAUGA